AUGCCUUCCCUGCGCACCACUCUCCUCUGCCUAAUGGCAGCAGCGGCUACCCAAGCCGAGCACCUCCGAGUCGUCUGGUCCAGCGGCGACUUCUCCACCAUCUCCGGUCCCGCCGGCGGCAACACCAACGGCCACUACAGCGGCUUUGCCAUCAUCAAUGACAAGGGCGAAGCCAUCUACGAUCAGGCCUACCCCGACGACCACUCGCCCUGCUACAACACCGGCGAUGGCCGCGAGUUCACGAUCGAGGGCGACUGCUGGAACAGCCCGCGCAAGUUCCACUGCAAGUCUGACUUCGGAGGUCACCCCGAGAGCUGUGAGGUCAAGGAUGGCGAUGGAAAUAGCCUUGGCUCCGGCGAGGGACAGGAGGAUACUACUUUUAUUGGUAUCUCGAUUGGAACGGAUGCCAGCUGUGUCGUUGAGUUUGAGUCUGAUGGUGAUGGUUGCCCUGUUGAUGAUGGUAACGGUCCUCUCCACGUUACCUCGGGCUAA